AUGGCCGAACAGCAUGGCGCACCUGAGCAAGCUGCAGCGGGCAAGAGCCACGGCGGCCUUGGGGGCAGCUACAAGGUGAUUGUAUACGAAAUGGAGAACUUCCAGGGCAAGCGGUGCGAGCUCUCGGCUGAGUGCCCCAACCUGACGGAGAGCCUGCUGGAGAAGGUGGGCUCCAUCCAAGUGGAGUCUGGGCCGUGGCUGGCGUUCGAACGCAGGGCCUUCCGUGGCGAGCAGUUUGUCCUGGAGAAGGGGGAUUACCCUCGCUGGGACGCCUGGUCCAACAGCCACCACAGCGACAGCCUCCUGUCCCUCCGGCCCCUGCACAUCGAUGGCCCGGAUCACAAGCUGCACCUGUUUGAGAACCCAGCUUUCAGCGGCCGCAAGAUGGAGAUAGUGGAUGACGACGUGCCCAGCCUCUGGGCGCAUGGCUUCCAGGACCGCGUGGCGAGCAUCCGGGCCAUCAACGGGACGUGGGUUGGCUACGAGUUCCCCGGCUACCGUGGGCGCCAGUAUGUGUUCGAGCGGGGUGAGUACCGCCACUGGAACGAGUGGGACGCCAACCAGCCGCAGCUGCAGUCUGUGCGCCGCAUCCGGGACCAGAAGUGGCACAAGCGGGGCUGCUUCCUCAGCAGCUGA